GCGGCGGCGGCGACGAUGGUGGGCAACGACAACUGGAUCAACAGCUACCUCGACGCCAUCCUCGACGCCGGCAAGUCGUCCAUCGGCGGCGACCGCCCCUCCCUGCUCCUCCGCGAGCGCGGCCACUUCUCCCCGGCCCGCUACUUCGUCGAGGAGGUCAUCACCGGCUACGACGAGACCGACCUCUACAAGACAUGGCUCCGCGCGAACGCGAUGCGGAGUCCCCAGGAGAGGAACACGCGGCUGGAGAACAUGACGUGGAGGAUCUGGAACCUCGCCAGGAAGAAGAAGGAGUUAGAGAAAGAAGAAGCCUGUCGUUUGUUGAAACGGCAUCCAGAAACUGAGAAAACACGAACUGAUGCUACGGCCGAUAUGUCUGAAGAUCUCUUUGAUGGCGAAAAGGGAGAAGAUGCUGGUGAUCCAUCGGUUGCAUAUGGUGACAGCACCACAGGGAGCUCACCUAAGACCAGUUCAGUUGACAAGCUAUACAUAGUAUUGAUCAGCUUACAUGGUCUUGUCCGUGGUGAGAAUAUGGAGCUAGGCCGAGAUUCAGAUACUGGUGGCCAGGUCAAAUAUGUGGUUGAGUUUGCUAAAGCACUGAGUUCAUCUCCUGGCGUUUACCGGGUCGAUUUGCUCACAAGACAAAUUGUAGCACCAAAUUUCGAUCGUAGUUAUGGUGAACCGGAAGAAAUGCUGGUUUCGACAACCUUUAAAAAUUCCAAGCAUGAAAGGGGAGUGAACAGUGGUGGAUACAUCAUUCGGAUACCAUUUGGUCCAAAAGACAAGUACUUAGCUAAAGAACAUAUGUGGCCUUUCAUUCAAGAUUUUGUUGAUGGUGCACUCAGCCAUAUUUUGCGGAUGUCAAAAACCAUUGGUGAAGAAAUUGGCUGUGGGCAUCCAGUAUGGCCUGCUGUGAUUCAUGGGCAUUAUGCCAGUGCUGGAGUAGCUGCUGCCCUGUUAUCAGGAGCACUUAACCUGCCUAUGGCAUUCACGGGACAUUUUCUCGGGAAAGAUAAAUUGGAAGGGCUUCUCAAACAAGGGCGACAAUCAAGGGAACAGAUAAAUAUGACAUACAAAAUAAUGCGCCGAAUUGAGGCGGAGGAAUUAUCUCUUGAUGCAUCUGAAAUUGUUAUUGCUAGUACUAGGCAAGAGAUUGAAGAGCAGUGGAACUUGUAUGAUGGUUUUGAGGUCAUACUUGCAAGGAAGCUUCGAGCAAGAGUCAAGCGUGGUGCUAACUGCUAUGGCCGUUAUAUGCCUCGUAUGGUUAUAAUUCCUCCUGGUGUUGAGUUUGGCCAUGUCGUUCAUGAUUUUGAUAUGGACGGUGAAGAAGAAAACCAUGGCCCAGCAUCUGAGGAUCCACCUAUCUGGUCGCAGAUAAUGCGCUUCUUUACGAAUCCUAGGAAGCCUAUGAUUCUGGCUGUUGCCCGUCCAUAUCCGGAGAAGAAUAUCACAUCACUUGUAAAAGCAUUUGGUGAAUGUCGCCCACUAAGAGAGCUUGCGAAUCUUACACUAAUCAUGGGUAACCGUGAGGCUAUUUCAAAGAUGCACAACACGAGUGCUUCUGUCUUGACAUCAGUGCUCACACUAAUUGAUGAAUACGAUUUGUAUGGUCAAGUGGCAUACCCCAAGCACCAUAAGCACUCUGAAGUUCCUGACAUUUAUCGUUUGGCCACAAGAACAAAGGGCGCUUUUGUAAAUGUGGCUUAUUUUGAACAAUUUGGUGUUACCUUGAUAGAGGCUGCUAUGAAUGGUUUGCCUGUUAUUGCUACAAAGAAUGGAGCUCCUGUUGAAAUUAAUCAGGUGCUCAACAAUGGUCUCCUUGUCGAUCCACAUGAUCAGAAUGCCAUUGCAGAUGCACUGUAUAAACUUCUUUCUGAGAAGCAACUCUGGUCAAGAUGCAGAGAAAAUGGGCUAAAAAAUAUCCACCAAUUUUCAUGGCCUGAACAUUGCAAGAAUCACUUGUCAAGGAUAUUGACUCUUGGUGCAAGAUCUCCUGCUAUAGGUAGCAAAGAGGAAAGGAGCAAUGCACCUAUAUCAGGAAGGAAGCAUAUAAUUGUUAUUUCUGUAGACUCUGUUAACAAGGAAGAUCUAGUACGGAUAAUCAGAAAUGCUAUUGAGGCUGCACAUACACAGAACACGCCGGCUUCAACUGGUUUCGUGCUGUCAACUUCACUAACAUUAUCAGAGAUUUGCUCACUGCUAGUAUCUGUAGGCAUGCAUCCUGCUGGCUUUGACGCAUUCAUCUGCAAUAGUGGGAGUAGCAUUUAUUAUCCUUCAUAUUCUGGUAAUACGCCAAGCAGUUCAAAGGUUACACAUGUAAUAGAUCAAAAUCACCAAUCACAUAUUGAGUAUCGUUGGGGAGGAGAAGGUCUAAGAAAGUAUCUAGUGAAAUGGGCUACUUCAGUGGUAGAAAGAAAGGGAAGAAUUGAAAGGCAAAUGAUAUUUGAAGAUUCUGAACAUUCUUCUACCUAUUGUCUUGCAUUUAAAGUGGUCAAUCCAAAUCAUCUACCUCCUCUAAAGGAGUUGAGGAAGUUGAUGAGAAUCCAGUCACUCCGUUGUAAUGCGCUUUACAACCACAGUGCUACCAGACUGUCUGUAACUCCUAUUCAUGCGUCUCGCUCUCAGGCAAUAAGGUACUUGUUUAUACGCUGGGGAAUAGAGUUGCCAAAUAUAGUAGUCCUUGUUGGUGAAAGUGGUGACUCAGAUUACGAAGAACUGCUAGGGGGUCUUCACAGGACCAUAAUCCUGAAGGGCGACUUCAAUAUUGCUGCAAACAGAAUCCACACGGUCAGGAGAUACCCCCUACAGGAUGUUGUGGCACUGGACAGCUCAAAUAUUAUUGAAGUCGAGGGUUGCACUACAGAUGUCAUUAAGUCUGCUCUGCGGCAGAUUGGGGUGCCAACACAAUAACGUCUUGUGUUUUGCAUGCGACACAGAGAAAAGAAAGGGGAAGAACGAGCCAGAUCAAGUACCACAAUUCCCAUACCUGAUGGGAAUGCCGAUUUUGUUUGUAGGUUGUAGAGUGUGGGUGUCUUGAGAGCUGUGAAUAACUUGCAACAUCUGUUUGUACUAUUCACAAAUUUUGAAGUGAACGAUGUGGGUACCUUAUACGCUAAGGACAAGAUAUGGAUUCACAUAUCCGUAAUGAGAAAACAUACUUGAAGAAGCCUGGAAAGGCAGAUACUCCCUAAAUGUAUGAUGACCGUCUGCUCUCAUCUAGUGGAACUCUGGUGAUGUUCUGAAAAGAAGUUCAAGUGAUCAAUACAGAUUUAUAUUAACACCACCAUGCAUUA